AUGGACAGUUGCAAUGUAGGUAAAUUGGCUGAAUAGGUAUAUUUGAGGUUAGUUCAUUCAGGCAUUUAAACAGCUUUGUGCAACAUGAUUCUUUCAUAUUCUGUCAUCCACUUAAAGAUUUUGAACAGUUCUUGAUUCUGUGUCAUAUAUUGUGCAUUUAAAAUGAUCUCUGCUACACGUUUCUGGAGACCAAAACAUACAUUGGAGUGACUCCUUAGAGGCACUGCCCCAAACUGCGCAGCCGUAAUACAACAGUGGUUGCACACAAGAAACAUGAAACAAAAUUCUGGCGUUGUGUGGUGAAUAUUUUUUGAUCUUUUGUAACAAAAUUGGAUGAUACUAAUCAGUGUACACUGAAUCUCACUUUGUUUCUCCCAGGACAACUUCAUCAGUUGUUACACCUAGAAGCUUUGUAUACUUAAAUUUUUCAUUUCCUUUCCUUUUUCAUUUCCAGUUUUUAUUUUCUACAUGAAGUUUCCUCUCCAAAUUAGCCAUACACAGCCAUGAACGAACUGUUGUGCAUUUUGUCUGAUCAAGGUUGAUGGCCAUGCCAUUAUAUUUUAAAAUAACAACUUUUAGAUCAAAAUGAUACCAGAAGCUUAAAGGACAUGCCUGUGUGUCUGAUAGAUAAAUUGCUGCUGGGAUUUUCAUGAAAAUGUCGGGUUUGUACUAUGCUGGUCUGUUCCUGUUUCAUGCUGGCAAGCACGACAAAGCACGGGAAUACAUUGACAGGAUGCUCAAAAUGAACCCUACAUCAAGGGAGGGUUUAGUUAUUAAAGGAUGGAUUGAAAUGACCUGUGGGAGGGAUGCCUUUGCAAAGAAGGCUAUUAAAUUUUUUGAUGAAGCGAUUUCACUUCCAGACGGUGCUCGUGACAUUGAUGCAUUAUUAGGGAAGGCUAAGCACAUGGAGAUGCGUCACAACUAUAGCGGAUCCUUAGAACUGGUCAAUCAGGUGAUCGUGGCUUACUCUGGCUUCACACCAGCACUGAUUGAAAAGAUGAAACUACAGCUGGCUUUACAGGACUGGGACCAAACUGUGGAAACUGGCCAGAGGGCUCUGGCACAGGAAGCAAAUUGUUUGGAAGCUUUGAAGUACGAGGUUUUGAAUUUCCUGUGCCGCGAAGGAGACUGUCAAACAGCUGCCUACAAGUGUGGAGAUAUUAUUCAGGCGAUGGACCGGAUUGAGCCUAGAAAUGCUUACCUGUACAAGUCAAUGGCUCAACUAUUUUCCAGGCUGUGUGGCCGUAACAACCUGGUGCUGCAGCAGACCUGCACGCUUACGGAGAGAGCAGUGACUUUGGACAAUGACAAUGCUGAGUAUGUGACGGAACUUGGUUUUGAACUCCUGGUUCGGGGUAAAGUAAGAGAGGCCAUGAAGUGCUACCGCAAUGCUAUGAAGCUGGAUGAAACCAGUGUAGCUGCUCUCACAGGUAUUAUAAGAUGUCAACUGGAGGAGAAUCAGUUAGAUGAUGCUGCUCAACAGCUGGAGUUCCUCAACGAAAUCCAGCAGAGUAUUGGCAAAUCAGCUGAGCUUUCCUAUCUAAGUGCUGUGCUUGCAUUGAAGAAAAGUGAAGCAAAAGAAAAGGUUCUGGGACUGCUGAAUGAAUCUGUGGAGACACACUUUUCAGCUUUGAAGGGAUUGCCACUAGGGGCCGAUUACUUCUAUCACCUGAACCCAGACUUCCUCCUGCAGGUCAUCAAGAUCUACCUUCAGUAUGCUCCUCAACAGCCUGCUACCGCUGGUCAACCAGUUGACCCCACCCUGAAGCGCUGUAGUCAGAUCCUUGACCCCCUGACCAGAGCUGUCCCUGGACUAUUGGAGGGACUUUACCUGAUGGGCAGAGUGAAGUUUCUCUUGGGUGAGAUUGAUUCUGCCCAGAGCACUCUCCAGCAUUGUUUGGACAGAGAUCCCACGGUGUCUGAUCUACAUAUCCUGAUGGCACAGAUCCAUCUUUACCAGGGCAACUUUAAGCUUGCCAACCAGUCUUUGGAAGUUGGACUGAGCCACAACUUUGAGGUGAGAGAUCACCCAGUGUAUCACCUGAUCAGAGCCCGCAUUCAGAAGAAGCAAGGAGAUCAUGCCGAUGCCGUGAAAACCUUACAGCUCGCCAUGGUACUCCCAGGGGUGAAAAAACCUCCAGGUGUGGGGAGUGCUGGUAACAAAGGCAAGGGUCAGCAGAUCAGCAUAAAUGACCGCGUGUCAGUGUUCCUUGAAUUGGCAGAAGCUCACAGAAACCUGGGAGAGCAGCAUGAAGCGGCCAAAGUUAUGCAGGAUGCCAUUAAUGCGUUCCAAGGUACACCGGAGGAAGUGAGAAUCACCAUUGCUAAUGCAGACCUGGCUUUGGCUAGACAGGAUGUAGAAAUGGCUCUAGGCAUGCUCAGAAACAUCACUCCUGAGCAGGCUUAUUUUGUGCAAGCACGAGAAAAGAUGGCUGACAUUUAUCUUAACUAUAGGAAGGACAAAAGACUUUAUGCAAGCUGUUACAGGGAGUUGGUGGACAAACAUCCUAGUCCUCAGACAAGUAUAUUGCUGGGGGAUGCCUACAUGAGUAUACAGGAGCCAGAAAAAGCCAUAGAGGUUUACGAAGCAGCACUGAAAAAGAAUCCACGAGAUGCUGGACUGGCCAGCAAGAUCGGCCAGGCAUUGGUUAAGACACACCACUAUGGAAAGGCCAUGAAUUACUAUGAAGCAGCUCUAAAGUCUGGAGGACAAGCAUUUCUCAGAUAUGACCUUGCUGUGUUGCUGUUAAAACUUCGUCAGUAUGAUAAAGCAGAAAAAGUGCUGAGGAAUGCCUUAGAUUCAGAGAGCACAGAUUUAGACUCCAUGAUGGAGGAGACUCGCUACCAGAUGUUGUUAUCCAAGGUUUACCAGAAAGUGGAGAAAACUGAGGAUGCCCUUCUCUCUCUGACCAAAGCCAGGGACACUCAGGCUAGAGUUCUGAAGCGAGUGCACCUGGAGCAACCAGACUCAGUGGCCAGCCAGAAGCAGCUAGCAGCCAGUAUCUGUUGUGAGAUAGCAGAGCUUGAAGCUGGGCAGCGGAACUUUGAGAAAGCCAUCAAAUCGUAUAAAGAGGCUUUGGUGUAUGAUGAGAAUAAUGCCAAGGUGAUGCUUGAUCUAGCUGGUCUCUACCUGAGCACAGAGGACUUGGAUGCUUGUCAACACCAGCUCAUGUCCCUCCUACAGACAGAGAGGGAAAAUGAUGCAGCCACCAUUAUGCUUGCAGACUUAAUGUUCAGGAAAAAUGAUUAUGAAACGGCCAGGUUUCACUUUCAAAAACUUCUUGUCAGGCAACCAGACAACUACCAAGCCCUGGCACGUUUGGUGGACCUGAUGAGGAGGAAUGGUAAUCUUGAUGAAGUCCCUGCCUUCUUGGAGGCAGCUGAGAAGGCCACGGCCAGGUCUACCAUAGACAGCGGCUUCAAUUACUGCAAGGGGCUUUAUGAGUGGUACACAGGCAACCCCACAGCUGCCCUGAAGUGCUUUAACAAAGCUCGCAAAGAUUCAGAAUGGGGGAAUCAGGCCAUCUACAACAUGAUAGAGAUCUGCCUGAACCCAGACAAUGAAACCAUUGGAGGGGAAGUGUUCGAGUCGGUGGAAGGAGAUAGUUCGAGCCAGAUGGACCGAGACAAGGCCGACAGUGAACAGAUGGCUGUGCGGACAGCGGAGAAACUUCUUAGGGAAAUAAAGUCUCGUCCCGGUGACCUCCGUCCUCGUAUUUUGGAGAACAUGGCUCUUAUUGCCACCAAAAAUCGGCAGAACGUAGAGAAAGCUCUUUCUUCUUUCAUGGAGAUAGCCUCGAAUGAACAGAGAGACCAUGUUGGCUCCUUGUUUGGAAUGGCUACUGGUUACAUGGUAAUCAAACAGAACCCAAGAGCACGAAACCAGCUCAAGCGAGUGGCCAAGUGUCCAUGGACCAUUCAGGAUGCUGAAGAUCUGGAGAAGAGCUGGUUACUUCUGGCUGAUAUUUAUAUACAGAGUGGAAAGUAUGACAUGGCCCAAGAAUUGCUGAAAAGAUGUCUACAGCAUAACAAGUCCUGCUGCAAGGCCUAUGAAUACUCAGGGUUUGUAAUGGAGAAGGAGCAGUCCUACAAAGAUGCAGCCAACAGCUAUGAGAAAGCCUGGAAAUUUGGGAACAAGAACAACCCAGUUAUAGGUUAUAAACUAGCAUUUAAUUACAUGAAGGCCAGACGAUUUGUGGAUGCUAUCGACAUUUGUCAUCAUGUUUUGGAAAAUCACCCCAAUUAUCCCAAGAUCAGGAAGGACAUUUUGGACAAGGCCAGGAUGAGCUUGAGAGUUUGAUGGCCAGACACAGGAAUGGGACGAGCAUUCAAAACAGAUGUUACACAUUCCACAAAUCAUUC